AUGUUAUGGUUUAGUAUUUCAUCUGAAGACCAAAUACAGGGUAUGGCCACAAAUCUUAAGGCUGCUAAUACUAAUGGUACACUUUCAGGUCCAGCCGGAGGGCUAAAUACUGCAGCAACUGAACUCAAGAGUGAUCUCAGUGUUGCUAAUGCCCAAGCCUUCAAAAAAGCCAACUGGGACAGCCACUAUGGCAAUCUCGUCACCAAAGACACCAACGCCAACGGUGAAAAUCUCUACACCGGCAGCAAAGACUUCAAAACUCCCAGAAAACAUAAGUUCAACUGGAUCAUAAUUCCCUCCAUAGUCACCCAGUGGUUAAACUUCCUCACCUAUGUUAUAUUAUUGUUUGUAUAUAUCACUAGUCUACCCAGCAUGCUAAUGGGUAAUCUUGUGGACCUAAUUCAGAAACUCACUGCCGAUAACAAGACAGACUUACAGCUAGACCACUCACAAGAACAAAACGCUGGCGAGAAUGCCAAACUUGGAAAACUCAUUUUGAUGAAACGUUGGAAGUUCUGGUGCAUUAUUAUUCCAUCCAUUAUGACUAUGUGGUCAGUCUGGUCUCCCAAAACUAAUUUCGUAUACCAUGGAGAUAGGAAUCCUAAAAAUGGGUUUGGAGGAUGGAAACAAUACGCAUCCAAACACGUACCCAAAGAAUCAUCACAAGAAUGCAACACCGAUGCUGAAGCUAAUGCUGUUGUUCAUGCUUGGAUAUGGCACUUCUUUGAUAUUCUGAUUCCACUUAAGAUCGCACUUGCCAUUGUAUUCAUAUAUUCACUUCAUUAUAAAGAAUCACACAGCUACUUAUUAAGUUGUUUUGUUGCCCAGACUAAUGAGGAUAAGGCUACUACUAUUGAUAAGGAUAAGGUUAAAAUUGAAACUGGUACUGUUAAAGAUGGUAACUGUACUGAGACUGCUCCUACUACUUUUACUACUACUGGUGGUAGUGAUGCUCCAAAUAUACUUGGUGUAUGCAGUAGUACCACAGUUGCCACCCUGACUACUCAAAUCGAAAGUGCGAAACUCAACACCACUAAUCUCACUCUGACUCUCAAAACUCAAGGUGCCACAAUCACUGUCGAUGGUGAUGCCGAAGGUGAUAGUUCUAAUGGUCCAUAUACUCUAGCCGGUGGAAAUCUGAGUGUCUCUAACAUUACCCUCAAUGGUGAUGAUUUUCCAUAUAGACUAACCAAUAUUGGAACUCUCACAGCUAGUCUUCAGCUAAGUUCAGGUACAGUUACAAUCAAACAGGAUACUCUUAUUACACUCAAACUCAAAGUUGCCAAUAGUGCCCAACUCACCGUUAAUGGUGCUAAUGGUAAAACUCUCACAGGACCUCCAUUUCCAUUUAGUCUGGGCGCCUACAAAGUCACCAAUAAUGAGUUCCUCUUCAGAUAUGCUUGCCGUUGUAUUCAUAUACUGUCUGCACUACACACUAGAUACCAAAUUCUGAAACAUGGAGAAGACAAUCCUAACAUGUUCAGAUUCGGAGUUCUUCCAGGUCCAUUCGGUGUUGAUGCCUAUGGUACUACUCGUAAUACUAGUCUUACCUUUAACGUUACUCUCAAUAAUAGUACUACUGGAUUUCAGUCUAGUGGUACUAUCACUAUCACUGUAGGUGCUGCUAGUUUAAAAGCACUCGAAAGUCCUAGUAAUGUUACAAUCACACUCUCCGAUGGAGGAACUAUCAAGAAAUACGAUGAUCCUGAGAAGCCUCCUACCCCUGAAAAUCUCAAAGAUUUCAAAAUUGAUGAAACACUAACUAAGGAUACUAAGCUAUACAUUCUAGCCACUGGUACAAUCUCUAAUCCUCCUGGUCUUAAUGGUUCAGAAGUUACCAUUAAAGCUACUGUCGAUGUAACCUCCUCUGGUCAGCCUCUUGGAGACCAAGCACUCACUUUAAGUCCAGACCCUGAUAAUGAUCCCAGCAGUGAGGGCCUAGGUGGUUCAAUAACACCCGAGGGUACCAACAAUUCUGGCCCUGUCUCAAUCAGUGGUAGUAGUACUAUCAAAUUGACAGGGACUGCUCUAGAAUCCCUUAAGUCUCUCACUGAGAAUGCUGUCACUCUAACUGGUACUGGUGGCAGUAAUUUUAGAUCUAGUGCCAGUAUAACUGUAACUAGUACUGAUGGUAAUGUCAACUUCAAACAACUCCCUGUUAGUGGAAAACUUGAAAUCAGUAAAAUCAGUGGUUCUAUCAAGAAGUUAGAUGAGAAAGGUAAACCCAUUGAACUCCAAACCACUACCCAACUCACUGUUGGUGAUAAGCUAUCCCUUGAUGCCAAUGGCGAGAUCACACAACCUGAUAGUGCCAGAGGCACUAAUGUCAAACUUUCAGGUACUAUAGUGGUCACCAAUAAACAACAACAACAAAUAGGCUCUACACUCACCUUUAGUGGAGGUCCUAAUCGUACAGGUGUAGGUGAAUCCCUCUCACUCGAGACUAAUGGAACAAUCAAGAGUGAUGGUUCUAAAAUCGAAAUCGAUCAGAAUGCCUACAGUACUAUCACGGCUGCUUCUGAUACCAGUUCUAGUUUUUUUACCAUUGGUGCUAGUCAGAGUAGUGCUAAACUAUAUCUUCAUAAUACUACUAUCAACGCAACUGGUGGUCUCAAAGCUGUUGCCACAAUCAAAGCCACCAAACAUGGUGGUGCUGAGCAUAAUGGUCCCAUAACCUCAAUCAACGAAGGUACUCUCAGGAAAGGUGCCCAACUCCAGAUCAAUACUCAGCUCGAGGCUGGCGACAUACUAACACUCAGUGGUUCUGCUAAUCCUGAUGUUACGAUUGAAGGUACCAUAAUGGUUACUAGUCCAGGAUCUCUUGGAGAAAGCAUAACUCUGGCAGGUCUUCUAGAUGGAACUCUAACCCUCGCUAAUGGUAGUAGCAAUAUCGAUGUAUCCAUAGGAGGUGAAAGUCUCAACGCCAAAGAUCCUAAAGAUCUUGCUAUUAAAGGUAUCAAUAUAACUUGUGGUGGCCUUAGUGGUACUGCAACCAUGGAAAUCACAUCAGAUGAACAUGAUCUCACAACCAUAACUGAUCCGGUUACCAUCAAUAUCACUAAACUCACCAAAGACGGUGCGAAACUCAAGACCGGUACUGGACUCCAGUCCAAUGACACUCUAAAUCUCGAAGGUACUGCCACUGCUGGUGAUAAGAGUCUCACCCUCACUGGUAAGAUCACAAUCACCAAUGGUGGAAAUCUCUCGAGUGGUCUAAGAUUCAGUGGUGAUGUAACUAGCUCCGGAAGUCUCACCUUCGAAGAUGCUACUGAUGGUUCUGGUGUCACAGUCACUGGUACUCUAACCCUGUCUUCUGCUACUCUUACUGCUCUCCAAAAUAGUAACUUCAGUCUCGCCAGUGAUAAUAAACGUGCUCUUACCUAUAAACCUGAUCUAGUUACCAAAUCUAAAAUUAGUGUAGGAACCAGUGCCACCGGUAAGGUCAAACUCAGCGGACUCUCACUAAUACCUGUAUGUAUCACCAACGCUAGUACUGGUAACGGUUUUGAGGCCACAGCUAACCUAUCCCUAACCCACACCAAGACUUCUGCUACAGCUCUCAAAGAUACUGGUGAACACAAUAUCAACCUCACAACAAUUGCCACCACUAAUCUCAAUAGUGCCAAAGCAGAGAUCACCAAAGGACCCAAAGACAAAGUUGCUAGUCUCCCCGCUGGUGCUGACAUACUCGAGAAAGAAACCGAUCUCGUUCCUGGUGACACUCUAACCCUCACAAUCACUCCCCAAGGUAGUGGUACUACUACCACCCUCACAGGUAAAAUCACUGUCACCUCACCUGGAACCCUCACCGGUCCUCUGAACCUCAAAGGUGGUCUAGAAACAUCCAAUGUUAGUCUCGGCGGCAAAGGAACUCUCACCAGCACCGCCGGCGCCAAUAUCACCAAUCCAAAGUAUGAUCACAUGGAGUUCCAUGUCAAUCAUCAAGAUACUCUUUGCUGUUACUGGGGUGGCAGUCACUCAUUCGGGAUUAAUACUACCAUUACCCAAGCCUCUCUCAACCUCACUGACCUUACUGGUAGUCAUACUCUUAAACUCCAAAAUGGUGAUGGUGCUGUUCAAGAAGUCAAAUAUACUGUCCCUGAAGAGCAAAAAGAUACCAUCAAUAGUAUCAAAGGUCAAGCUAGUGAUGUCAAAAUCAACCUUAAACUAACUCUCGCCGAAGUUACCCUCACACAAACCAGUACUAGGAGUACUCUCAAGGCCACUGGUACAAUAACCACCACAAAGACAGUCACACCUACUGGUGGUCAAACUACUCUAGAACAAAAUCUCAAAAAAGAUCAUGACCUAACCUUCACCAGCAACAGUGGUCUCACUCAAACGGGUCUUCCUAAAGGUACUGUAAUUAUUGGUCCCAGAGGUCAACAUCAGACACUCAAACUCACUGCCGAACCUGAUACUGAUGGUAAACCUACCGAACUCACACUAGAACUCAAGGCUGGUACCAAAGACAUUCUGACCCUCAGCAACGGCAGUACUCUCAACCUGUCAGGUGGUAUCAAUGGAACACUUACAUACACUGAUAGUAGUGGUAAUAUUCUAAUUGCCACCUCCAUCAAUAGUGACACCUUUGAUCAAAAUGACUUUAAUGGCACAUAUAAAAUACAAUGGUUAGGAAGGUAG